AGAGGAGGAAGGCAAUGCUUCCGUUGGACCCGCUGCCUGUUCGGCAUCGGUUACAUAACAGCCAUGCAGCAGCAGAAAGUGGACAAGGGGUUCAUCCAGGGGGUGCUCAGUGCUAGGCUCUUCCGUUGGACUGACCCGCUGCCUGCUCGGCAUCGGUUACAUAAUACCUUUGACGGUCACUAUUCAGCGACUCCUCUCGCAACCUCCGCACAUGGUGUUUGUCACUCUACACCGACUUCUCUCGUGACUUUCACCGGCUGUGCUGGUGCAUAUGACUCCAUCGACACACGCGUUCUCUUGGCGCUUGGGGCUUGUCUACAUGCACCCUCGUCUUCUUCAUCGGCCUCUGCAGACGACGAUGUUUAUGCUAUACCGUCUCCUCUAGCGGCUUCCACGGGUGCAUCUACGUCCACCUCUUCAGUUGAGCCCCUGACUGAGCAGGAGAUUACGCGACUUCGAUACCUGCUAGCCGCUUCCUCUGGUUCUUCACCGACAGGUUCUACUGGUUCUGCUACCGACUCUUCUGGCAAUGUGAGACCACCUUCAACACAGUCAGGUACAUCUCCAUGGAUUCUUGAUACUGGAGCAUCUUUUCAUAUGACUCAUGAUUCAUCCACUUUGUCUUCUAUUCGAGCUCUCGAUUCUCCUGUUCAUGUUCUUACUGCUGAUGGUACCUCCCUCCCGGUUAAUGGUCGAGGCAUUUUUAGCACUUCAUCUUUUCAUGUUCCUGAUGUUGCUCAUGUUCCUCGACUUGCCAUGCAGCUUAUUUCUGCUGGUCAGGUUGUUUGACUCUGGUUGUCGGGUCAUUCUUGACUUUGACUCAUGUUCUGUUCUAGACCGUUACACUGCUGCUCUCCUUGGUGCUGGUCCACGGCGUCGUGGCUCUCAGGGUCUCUGGGAGCUUGACUGGCUUCACCUUCCCUUCGCUGCCACCGCCGCCAGUCUUUCCCCCUCUGUUGCCUUGUCUACCAGCUCUUUUCAGCAGUGGCAUCAUCGCCUUGGUCACUUGUGUGGCUCUCGUCUCUCAUCCUUAAUUCGACGUGGUCUUCUUGGAUCCGUCUCCAGCGGUGUGUCUUUAGACUGUCAGGGUUGUCGGCUUGGUAAACAGGUCCAGUUACCUUAUCCUCAUAGCGACGCUGUGUCUCAGCGUCCUUUUGACCUUGUUCACUUCGAUGUAUGGGGUCCAGCUCCAUUUGCCUCGAAAGGAUGUCAUCGCUACUAUAUUAUCUUUAUAAAUGAUUUCUCUAGAUACACCUGGAUAUAUUUUAUGUCUUCUCGUAGUGAGGUGUUAUCUAUCUAUCAGCGUUUUGCUGCCAUGGUUCACACUCAGUUCUCUACGCCUAUUCGUGUUUUUCGUGCUGACUCUGCUGGAGAGUAUAUCUCCAAGAUGUUGCGUGGAGUCCUUGCCAAGUAGGGUACUCUUGCCCAGUUCUCUUGUCCUGGUGCUCAUGCUCAGAAUGGCGUGUCUGAGCGCAAGCAUCAUCACCUUCUUGAGACGGCUCGUGCGAUAAUGAUUGCCACCUCUCUUCCGCCUCACUUUUGGGCCGAGACUGUCUCCACUUCCGCCUAUCUCAUCAACCUUCAGCCGUCCAUUGCUUUGCAGGGUGGCGUUCCUUUCGAGCGUCUCUUUGAUCGUUCUCCCGAUUACUCGGCGCUUCGUUUGUUUGGUUACAUUUGCUAUGUUCUUCUUGCCCCUCGGGAACGCACCAAACUGUCUGCUCAGUCGGUUGAGUGUGUAUUCUUAGGUUAUAGCGAUGAGCAUAAGGGCUAUCGUUGUUGGGAUCCUGUCGGUCGUCGGAUGUGUAUUUCUCGGGAUGUGAGGGUGUGUUUGGAUCUCGACCAAAACCAGCCUUACCAAAAAAUUGGCAAGCCCGUCAAAUUUGGUGGCCGUUUGGACUAGUACCAAAGAAUUGGCACGCCCAGCACGCCUGCCAUACGUCAGUGUAGUUUUGGCCAACGCACGGGCGAGUUCAGGGCGGCGAAAAGCUUCGCCAACAUUUUGGCAUUGUGUCGUGCACUCUCUGCCUUGGUGGGUCCCAGGUACCUUCCCCUUUAUUUUAUUAGUAUAUGGUGCAUGCAAGCUAUAAUUAAUCUGUGGGUCCUCACAACAUGCAUGUAGCAGGCUACUCCGCAUGUGUACCAACCAAAUAUGAAUGGCUGCAAUCCAAACGAUGGCCACUUGCCAAAAAAUUGGUCAUGCCCUUCUAUUGAUAAUGCCAAAAAAUUGGUGGGGCAAGAUGAGGCACAAUCCAAACAGCCCCUGACUUUUGAUGAGUCUGGUCCCUUCUACCCGCGUCCAUCUUCCUCGACCUUUUCAGUAGAGGAUAUAUCUUUCCUCACUUUUCCUGGCACACCUAUCACUCCCGUUGAGCCCUUGCACGCCCGUCCUGUUGCCCUUGCUUCUCCCACUAUUGCAGAUCCGACGUCACCAUCUCCUAUGGUUUCCUCAUUUCGCUUGUCACAGGAUUCUGCACCUUCAUCCUGGUGACUUCUUCGUCUCCAUCCCCUGAGUCUACCUCGGCUAUUCCUCGUAUUAUUCCAUCUUUUCCUCAGUAUUACACUCGUCGUCCACGUGUUGUGGAUACAUCUACUGAUGAGCCAUCUACUUCUGAUGUGCCAUCUUCGUCCUCUCAGCCUAUGUAUGGCUUGCGUCCUAGUCCGCUUCCGCCUGUUGAUCGCCUUGGUUUUCCAAGCGCUGGUGCUGCUGUUCUUGAGCCGACUUCUUAUCGUCAAGCUGCUGUUCAUCCUGAAUAGCAGUUUGCGAUGGCAGACGAGCUUGUUGCUCUUGAGCGCACCGGCACGUGGGACCUUGUUUCUCUUCCUCCUGGUGUUCGUCCAAUCACUUGUAAGUGGGUCUAUAAUGAAGACCCGCUCUGAUGGUUCUCUUGAGCGCUACAAAGCUCGUCUUGUGGCUUGUGGCUUUCAGCAGGAGCAUGGUCGUGAUUACGAUGGGACUUUUUCUCCUGUGGCCCAUAUGACCACUAUUUGCACACUUCUUGACGUGACCUCUAUGCAUCAGUGGUCUGUGUCUCAGCUUGAUGUUAAGAAUGCCUUUCUUAAUGGUGAGCUACGUGAGGAGGUUUACAUGCAGCCUCCACCUGGGUAUUCUGUUCCUGAUGGCAUGGUAUGCCAUCUUCGUCGCUCUCUCUAUAGCCUUAAGCAAGCCCCUCGAGCCUGGUUUGAGCAUUUUGCCUCUGUGGUGACUGCCGCUGGUUUUAUAGCGAGUGCUCAUGAUCCAGCGUUGUUUGUCCACCUUUCAGCUCGUGGUCGGACUCUUCUUCUUCUCUAUGUCGAUGACAUGAUCAUCACUGGUGACGACCCCGAGCAUAUUGCCUUUGUGAAGGCCUGUCUUAGUGAGCAAUUUCUUAUGUCUGAUCUUCGCCCUCUUCGCUACUUUCUUGGGAUCGAAGUCUCUUCUACCUUUAAUGGCCUUUUCAUUUCCCAGGAAAAGUAUAUCCAGGAUUUUCUUGCUCGUGUUGCUCUUACUGAUGACCGAACUGUUGAGACUCCCAUGGAGCUCAAUGUUCACCUCCGCGAUACUGAUGGUGACCCCUUGUCUGACCCGACGCGUUAUCGUCAUCUUGUUGGGAGUCUUGUCUAUCUUGCUGUCACUCAUCCGGAUAUCUCUUAUCCAGUCCAUAUUCUGAGUCAGUUUGUCUCUGCUCCCACUUCGGUUCACUAUAGUCACCUCCUUUGUUCUUCGAUAUCUUCGUGGCACGAUCUCUCACCGUCUGUUCUUCCCUCGCUCCGGUUCAUUACAGCUUCAGGCCUAUUCAGAUGCUACGUGGGCUAGUGAUCCCUUGGAUCGCCGUUCACUUUCUGCUUACUGUGUUUUUCUUGGUGGUUCUCUCAUUGCCUGGAAGAUGAAAAAACAGACAGCAGUUUCCCGUUCGAGUGCAGAGGCUGAGUUACGGUGGUUGCUUCAGGACUUUGGCGUUUCUGUCACUACACCUACUCUUCUACUAUCUGACAGUACAGGUGCAGCAUUGCACGCGACCCUGUGAAGCAUGAGCUCACCAAGCAUAUUGGUGUUGAUGCUUUUUAUGUGCGUGCUGGUGUGCAGGAUCGGGUUAUUGGUCUUCAGUAUGUGCCUUCCGAGUUAUAGUUGGCGGAUUUCUUUACGAUGGCCCAGACUAGAGCACAGCAUGGCUUCUAUCUCUCCAAACUCAGUGUUGUUUAUCCACCAUGAGUUUGACGGGGGGUGUUAGAGUACUAUAUAUAGCCAUGUAGCCUUUUGUAUUUACCCCAUUGUAUAAGAGGUCUUUUGCAUAAUUCCUGCACCUGUACAUGUAUAUAUACUGUCCUAUGGCUGGUAUGGCGCUGCUAGGAGGGCGCGAGAGGGCCGGCCGGGGGCCUUUUUGCCCACGGCCGGGCAAGAGGGAAGGGAUUUCCUUCUUAAUUCUUGC